GCAGCUUAGUUGGUAACGAAUGAAGUAAUUUUUUACAAGUCUUUUGAAGAAUCUGUCCCUAAGCAAUUGAGUCGGCCUGACUUUCUUGUUGGCCUGACUUUGUUUUUGGAUUACUUUAUGAGUUCUCCUGCUCGUGAGUACACGGUAAACAAAUAAGCGACAAUAAACUUUCUCUGUAUUUCCGUCGCCGUAUCAACGUCGCAAUUAAGAUGAGCUGCAACGAUAAGAAUGAUGGCAUCUCGAAGGAAGAGUGGCAGAGCCGUCUAGAAUCGUUUCCGUUCAAACAGGACGAUAUCAAUAAGUUGAUUAUGAAUUAUUUGGUUACAGAGGGCUUUAAAGAAGCGGCAGAAAAAUUUCAAGCAGAAUCUGGCGUCAUUCCGACAGUCGAUCUCGGGUCAUUGGAUAACAGGAUCCUGAUCAGGAAAGCUGUACAGAAUGGUUUCAUACAGGAGGCGACACAUCUUGUUAACCAAUUGCAUCCGGAAUUACUCGACAACGAUCGCUAUCUGUACUUUCAUUUGCAACAGCUCCAUCUGAUUGAGCUUAUUCGAGCUGGUAAAAUCGAAGAAGCGCUUACUUUUGCUCAAACUCAGAUAUCCGAGGCUGGCGAAAGCAAUCCAGGGGUGCUGAACGAGUUGGAACGAACACUUGCCUUGUUAGCAUUCGAGAAACCCCAGAAUAGCCCAUUUGCCGAUCUUUUGGAUCAGACACAUCGCCAGAAGGUGGCAAGCGAGCUAAACGCAGCGAUUCUAAAAAUGGAGCAUCAGGAACAAUCUAGUCCACGUAUGAUAAACAUCCUAAAGCUGAUUCUUUGGGCGCAAACCGAGUUGGACAAAAAAAACGUCAAGUACCCGAAGAUGGUGGAUUUGGCAACGGCUACUAUUGAACCGAAAUAAGACAAAAAUAUCGGACCUUCGUCUUCGUCUCGGCUAAGCAUUCUAGCAAAGUUAUCUUAACGUGAAUCAUGUGUAUGAUAAUUAAAGGUAGUUUACUACUGAUUAAUUUGUUCGUUGCUGUUUUUUGAAUAUGAUAGAAUAAAGCACAUAAGUGGAUCUUCCCGGUUGCGCAAAAAAUA